GGGCUAACUCGUUAAAAAUCUCUUUUUUAGGUUUUACGCAUUGAAAUUCAGUUCGGAACCCAGACACACUGCCGCCUCUUCCCUGUACUAUUUGGCCUUUUCGAUAGCUCUAUCUCCGGCGAACCUUCACAACUUUUUUAAGCCAGACCGGUCUACCUGAGCUCCGGGGACUCCGGCGACCGACUCCGUAAACAUUGCGACCUCGCACUUUCUACCACCUGUAAUUUUCGUAGUAAGCAUUUUCUCCAAGAGAAUUUAAGAAACCAAUCUGUCAUCCAAUUAUGGCUUCCCACUCUCCGAAUCUAGAGUGCCGCAUGUACGAGGCAAAGUAUCCAGAGGUCGACAUGGCAGUGAUGAUUCAAGUUAAGAACAUCGCUGAUAUGGGUGCAUAUGUGUCACUCCUAGAGUACAACAACAUCGAGGGCAUGAUCCUAUUCUCAGAGCUUUCUCGCCGUCGGAUUCGUAGUGUGAGCAGCCUGAUCAAGGUGGGCCGCAUUGAGCCUGUCAUGGUCCUCAGGGUAGAUAGGGAAAAGGGUUAUAUCGAUUUGAGCAAAAGGAGAGUUUCAGAGGAGGAUAUUCAGGCCUGUGAGGAGAGGUACAACAAGAGCAAGCUUGUUCACUCGAUCAUGCGCCAUGUGGCUGAGACAUUGGGCAUUGAUUUGGAGGAAUUGUACAUCAAUAUUGGCUGGCCUUUAUAUCGGGCUUAUGGCCAUGCUUUUGAGGCUUUCAAAAUAAUUGUUACUGAUCCUGAUUCAGUUCUGAAUUCCCUCACUCGUGAAGUUAAAGAAAUUGGCCCUGAUGGGCAGGAGACAACUAAAAUAGUUCCUGCACUGUCAGAGGAAGUUAAAGAUUCUCUAAUAAAGAAUAUUAGGAGACGGAUGACCCCACAGCCUCUGAAAAUUCGGGCAGAUAUUGAAAUGAAAUGUUUCCAGUUUGACGGUGUUCUGCACAUUAAGGAUGCCAUGCGGAAAGCAGAAGCUGCUGGCAACAAUGACUGUCCUGUCAAAAUUAAAUUGGUUGCUCCUCCACUUUACGUUCUGACCACUCAAACUCUUGACAAGGAACAAGGAAUAUCAGUUCUUAACAAUGCAAUUGUAGCUUGCUCCCAAGCAAUAGAACAACAUAAGGGGAAACUUACUGUGAAGGAGGCACCCAGAGCCGUGAGUGAACGGGAUGACAAAUUACUUGCUGAGCACAUGGCCAAAUUACGAAAUGCAAAUGAGGAGGUGAGUGGUGAUGAGGACAGCGAGGAAGAGGAAGACACGGGAAUGGGGGAAGUCGAUGUGGACAAUGCUGGCAGUGGGAUUACAGAGUGAAAAUGCGGCACAGAUACUGACAAUUAUUUUUUGUUUUUUUGGAGCAAUUUUGAUUCAUGUAUUCAGUGUAUCUGGCAAAAUUGUAGCUGAAAUUUGCUGCUUCUUGUUGUGUCUAAAUGUUCACUUAUUAAAUUAUGAACUGAAAGAAAUUUUCUUUUAUGAUUAAAAACACUGACAUCUUCGGAAUUAUCUGUGAGCUCUGAGAAUUAAUGGAUAGAUUCUGUGUUCUAAGUUCUUGUUCA